AUGCUACAUCCGACUGCUACGUACUCUUUGCCAGAUAUUGAACCUACAAGGUUUGUAGUCAACCCAGCAGAAGCUCGUUUCCAGACUACAGAUGGAAAAACUACUGGUGCGAGCCCGCACGUCCUAAAUGCCGGCCAAGUGGACAGAGAUAAACCUUCGGAGCCAAGGAGAACUGCAACGGGUGAGAUGACCCCAUUGGGGCAGCUCAGAGCGAAUCUUACGGGACUGCAAGACGAUAUCAAUGAGUUUUUGACACAUAGGAUGGAAUUGGCCAAGGGAAAAAAGGACUAA